AUGGAUCUUCGCUAUCGGCUGACGAACGUUACCGAACGGGCGGUUUUGUUUCAGAUUGCCAAGGAUGUCGUAGAAAACCCAUCGAAAUACCAUAACGCGGUGCGAGAGUUUGUGGUGUCGUUGGACUGUUUUAGCAAGUUUUUGACGGAUAAAGAGUUCUACAGUAUCCUCCUUCCCAUCCUGGACACCCAAAACCCUGCGGAAUCGAUAAUUGGAAUUUCAAAAAGCAUGGCUACAGUAACUUCGCCCACAUCUCAUGCUAACACAUUUCGAGACGUUAUGACAGUACUCCAGUGGCUGAAAUAUCUAGUGGAAAAAUUUAUGAAAUCAGUGAUUUUUGAUAGUUUAAAAGUUCGACAACCCGAUGAAGACCAAUACUUGCUCUACCAGGAGUUCGCAAAAGCCUGCAUCAAUUUGCCCGAGAAAAUUUCAAAUUGCGAGGCGAAAGCGACGACAAUGGAGCAUAUUCAGUUCAUUCAGGGUGUGAAGGACGUUUUGAAGGCCACAAUCCUCGAUGGAAUCCAACAAGCUCUCAUCACCGCCCAUCAACAAUCAUCGAAAACCGAGAAUCUGAAAAUCAUUGCUCAGCUUAUCUCGGCGGGUCGUGAUAUGCGAAUCAACGAUAAGCACCAUCUUCUCGAAAGUCUUAUUUUAUGGAUAGGGAAAAUCAAAGAAUGGGACGAAACCUGGGCGAAAAUCAUGAAUAUUCUGUUUUUGGAGCCCACCGAACUCGGCGUUCAAGUCCAUGAAUCUCUACUGACUUCUGUAUUUUCAUGUGCCAAAACAGAUGCCACGUUGCAAAGGUGUAUCGAAGCAGAGAGAUUAGAAGGCGUUCUGCGAAGAGUGGUGCUCGUAAAACUGCCUUUCCAACGAAUUCUGACCCCUCGAAAUAUCAAAAUUCUGGUGAAUUUCGUUCAUCGAACUUGUGAAGAAUCGGCAGUGGAGCUUUUGCAGACUGCUAUCCAGCUGUGGAGCGACGCCAACUACACCCGCCAGGCGUCGGAAACCCAGGAACGACAUCUAGUUCGGAUUAUUCUCUAUUCGAUUUAUUUGGUUCAAAAAUCCCCCUCCCUAGCCUCCCGAAUCCAAUGGAACGACCUGUUCAUUCUCUCAAUGGACGGCAUUCACUACCGUAAUAAUCUCAUGCCGACGCAUAUUCAAAGUGCGCUCUAUCUGACAGACGUUCUUUGUAAAAUGGCGCAGAGUCAGAUGCCAGAAAUGGCUCCGCCCUCUCAGAAUGGAAAUUCUGAAGAAGUGAAAAGUGAAGGGGCGUGGCAAGAAGAGAUGAAGGCGAUUAUGACGGAUGGAUGGGGAGAAGCGAAGAAGACCAAAUACGUGGCAGCAGCUCCAGAAGAGGAGUCGCCCGAGGCGCAUAUGGAGAUGGAGGGAGAGCGAGAGGACCCGGUUGGCAAUAUUCUGAUGAUCCCAGACGAUGAUUCGGAGAAUGAGGAGGCUUCUGAAGACCUGGUAAACGACGGUGUUGUAGAAAUGGAGGCUCCUCCACGCCGUCGUCUCCACCUCUUCCGCCCGGAUCCUAUCACCGGAGAGCGACCAGAACCAUUCCUCCCUUACGUCCCUCCCCCACGUCCCCAGCUAGAUUCAGAUGACGAUGAGGACUUUCCCACCUACAAAGUGCCAGAAGCGGAAAAGAAUCUGACGAAAUUGGAAACUGGAGAAGAGCCGAGAAGAAAAGUGGAGAGGGUUGUGUACAUUCAGGAUGCCUUUGAGAAAUUAUUGGAGAAAGAGAGAUAUGAGAUUUUCGAGGAGGCCUUGUACAGUUUGAAGGAGCUUAUCGAGCGAGAAGCGAUUGGAUUUGCGGACAUUGCUGAGAAAUUGUUCGUGCGGUUGAUCAAUUUGCAGAAUCUCUUCGGCACGAAAAACUUUUCGGAAACGUGCGAUCUAUGUGCCCUAUUGUGCAUCAAGCACCGCCCACAAAUCGUUCCGGCGCUGGUCCGGCUGAUUUUGUCUCCGGGACAGGGACUCCAGAAGCAAAAUCAUCUAUUGCAUCUGAUUCAUCGAGCCGCCGACGAGCUGGGCACUCUGGAUCCGGGAAGUGAGAACUCGAUGCUUCAGCAGGAAUUCAUAUUCGAAGCGAUUACAAUGGAGGGCUUGACACAAGCGACUCGGCGAGGUCCAGAAGAAAUAGGGCCCGGUUUGGCAACUACUGCUCAUGAGAGUUUGCUGAAAAGAACGCGGCGAUUCGGGACACGGCAGAAGCCAGCGAUCGGAAGUGUUAAUCAAUUAUCGAGGAACGCCAAGUACAUGUUCUACCCGUUGUUGGUGAUACCGAGAGGAGACAAUGCGGGGCUUUUUACCAAAGACUCUGAUCUGCUCGCCUACAUCAUUAUGAUUGCCUCAAUGGUCUAUGUCCGUUGCGGUGUCACCGAGCAGACCGCCCGAAUGUCUACAGAACUCAUCGCCUACGCGGCACCCCAUCGAUUUUCGGAAAAUACGAAACUUCGCUCUGCCAGCCUAGCCGCCUAUCUUAAUGUGUUGUGUACGGUACCUGCUGGGCUUCUCCGAGAGAUAUUUCCUCAAGAAAUCCGUCAAGAAUGGAUGGAUUGGGCUGAGGGGAUUCAGAGAUUCAAGGAUUCUACAGAAUUGGAAUUCACCAUGGCACAUCAAAUGGAGUCGAUUCUAAAGGCACGCGCACAACAAUACGAGGAGAUUAGUGUCUUGAAUCUGUGA